CUACGUCUCUUUCUCUGUCUCACUGUCUCUCUACGUCUCUGUCCCUGUCUCUGCCUCUCUCACAACCAGCCCUCCUGGGAAGAGAUUGGAGGUGCUGCAAUGGACCGGACAGGGUCCCCGCGGAGGGAAGGCUCCGGCAUUGGGCCCUGGGGAGACAGGGAAGGAAAGCAGGGGCUGAGGCAGGAGAGGGUGGGCUCCGGGAGCUCCUGCAGGGGUGAAGCCCCCUGUCUGCGGCCCACGGGCUCCCCCUCGCCCCGCUCUGGUCCCUUUCCACUCCCAGGCUCUCUGGGACGGGCCUGGCACCUGGGGAGGCUGCAUGGGGUGACGGGCCCGUCCCUGACGGGCCCACUUUCUGCAUGGGGUGCCUCUCUUUGACCACGUAGGGGCUCUGAGGGCCCCUGCCGUUCCCUCCCGUGCCGGUGCCACGGUGGGUGCUGGAGGCAGGGCAGGGCGGGUGGACCACAGGCAGGGAUAUGUUGCAGACUCCCCGAAAUGGGACGGGGAGGGGGCCUCGAGCAGCUGCUGUGGGGCCGGCCGGUGGGGACUGAUGGCACGGGAGGGAGCCUGUGUUCACCGCCUCCCCCAGGACGCCACAGAGACAGGGCAGGACCCAGGGCCUACAGACCUGGAAGGGCCUGGUCAGGUCCUUCUCCAGAACCGGGCGGCGGCCCAUGCUUCCAGGGUUUGUCCCCACUCAUCCCAGGGUGGCUUCCGCGUGUUCUGGGAGAGGGCGCUGGCCCUGCACAGGCUGUGCGUCUUCGAGAGACCCCCACGCCCUCCAGAGCCACGUGUCAGGGGCUGCAGGGAAGGCUCCGGAGGGCGACCAAGUGUAGGGAGGUGCUACCGAACCUUGUCCUUCCGCCGUCCGAAGCCCCCGGAGACAGGGGAGGGGUGGUCGGUGGACAGGGGAGCCCGGAGCUGAGCACACACCCAGGGCCCUUCUCAGGAAGCAGGUCAGCCAGGGCGGCCCCUGAGAGUGGGCCGGCGGGGGGCGGUGGGAGGGAGUCUGGGCACAAGUCACUCCGAGGCAGCCGGCCCUCAGCCUGUCCCUCCUGCUUCAAACACGGCAUGAGCCACUGAUCGAGGGCCAGAAGACAGACACCACCUUCUUUGCACAUGUGGCCCUUGGCCAUCAGGGACAUUCCUGUGACCUCUCCGUCCGCCUUCCGGGUACGCUCCUGUGCCUCGGGGCUCAUGUCCAAGACCAGCCAGGCCUGCUGCAAGAGCCCUGCGGUGGGGGCUGCCCUGGCCUCCCCAGCCUGGGGGAGGGGGCCACGGGGGACGCAGCGCCCACAGCCGGUGGCGCCUGAAGGUGCUGGCUCCCUGUGCCUGUCUGACCCUUCUGCUCCGCCCUCCGCUCCCAGGGGUCACAGUGCCUUCUGGGGAUCCUUGCAUUCUGGAAUAUUCCACCUUAAGGAAGGUGUCCCGAGCUCCAGAGAGCAUCCACAGCCUCCCACAAAGUCCGAGCUUGAAGGGAGUCAGAUCCCUUGGGACAGGGGGAUGGAGAGCAGUGACCCGCUGGUGGGACACGGUGUGUGCCAUGGACGCAGGCUCCUCAGUAACAAACGUGCAGAUGGGGAGGCUGGGGGACCCCCCCGCAGGCCCGGGUCCACCCCGGGCUGGUGGGACAAGGCUCAGGCCAACUGCUGUCCCCCCGGCCUGGAGACCAGGAGACCAGGGCUGAGGCCUUGGACAGAAGACACUGAGCGAAGCCUGGAGGAAGGAAGGCCGCAGGCAGGACCAUCCGGGAAGGCCGGGUGUGGGGGCUUGGGUGCGGGCAGAGUCAGGAGCCUGCGGGUGGCGGAGGUGCGCCCGGGGUCGGGGGGGAGGGAGCGCACGCUAGCCCAGCCCAAGUACCCACUGGGCAGCCCCGCUGGUCGGGGGCCGGGCACCAGUAGGUCCUGGGGAUGGGCAUGAAGGCCCCGCAAUGCCGAUGGCCGACCGUCCCGGCAGAAGGACCCCCACAGCGCUCCCCGGAGGCUGGGGCACCUCCAGUGCGGCGCCCACUGUGCAGGGCCCUGGGGACGGCGUCCGCUGUGUGCCUGCCCCGCCUGUGGCACGGGUAACUCAGCCCCCCAGACCCGUGCAGAGCUGGCUGGGAGCAGGAGGGGCCUGUGCCCCGUCUCUCCUCGGCUCCCCACCGCCCUCCCUGCGUAAUCCCUGGUGCUGGUCUUGCCCCCGGCCUCUUCCGCGUUGGAGUAGACCCACCCAAAGACCCCGCUGUGGCCCAGUGAUCUCCGUCAAGACCCCUCCCCAAACAGCCUGUGGACUGGGGGAGCAGCUGUUGGGCGGUGAUGCCUGUGAGACAGGUUUCUCGCCGCCAGUUAAUCCGCAGCUCCGACUUACUCCACGGAAGACCUGUGAUCCCAUGGGGCGCCUAGUGCCUCCCCAGGGUGAGGGCAGCGACCGCACCCCAGCACUCGCGGCUCCCGGACCUGCUCAGAGCUGCUGCAGGGGCGCCCGGGGCUCCGGGUCCCGCCCACUGGCAAGACCCCCUGCUUGGGGCUGAGAUGUCGCGAGCGCCCGGGUUCUCGUGCCCGACUACUCCGACCUCGCAGACGCCCCAGCACGUGCAGCAUGACGGUCCCCACAGCUGCCGCGCCUGCUUGGGGCUCUCCGUUGGGCGACUGUGGGCCAGUGCACAUGUUCUGGUCUCCUGGGUGUCCUUCCAAGUUCCCGGGGGGGCCCCUCAUGUCCCGGGCCCAAGCCCUCCAUCCCCCCUUGGGAGCAAGAGUUCUCACAAGCCCUCAGAUGAUGCCAGGUAACCCGAUACCCGUCCUGGGACGGGGACCCCUGCCCUAACGACCAAGGGGACCGCACCAGCCCCAGGUCCCUGCCCUUGGACUGGCCGCGGUGUGGGGUGGGGCGCGCUGGGCUUGUCUGGUCCUGCCUGGGCUGCGGCAGGCGGGGAUACGGCCCAUCCUCCCCACCUGACCGGCCGGCCGGCCUGCGAGGGUUUGGCUUCUCGGGUGGAUGGCCCUCUGUCAGGCGACCCUCCGGCACCGGGGGCUCCUCUCAGCCCCCGCUCUCCGGCAAGAACUGAAUGCGUUCGCCUCUGUCAAGAUGUCCCGCAGGACCUUCUGCCCAGGCGGCUUUGCAGAGCUACCGUCUGGGCCCCCGAAUUCGCCGAGACGCCCUGGCGGCCAGGCCGGAGGCUGGCGGACUGGAGGUGACGGACAGGUGUGCGCGGGAUGCAGCGGACCAGGGCAAGAAGGCGAGAAGAGGCCCCUUGUCCUGAACACGACGCGGCCUCCGCUCAGCGUCUGCGGCUCGACGUGGGAAUGACUCCUUCCAGUUGAAAAACGGCAAACAAGAAGUCGCCUUCGCAAAACGUCAUCGGUCCGCUCACCAGGUCCCACGGGUUCAUCCCGGGGAGCUGACCCCUCCUCAGAGGGCUGGGCGGGCCUCUCAGCCCCAGCUGCCGCACCCCUGUCCGUCCGUCCAUCCCUGUUUUCAGGCUGGGUGCCGGCCCACCCCUGAAGCCAGCAAGGCCAGAGCCCUGGGCUGACGCAGGGGAGACAGAGCCGUGCUCUGUAGAGGGGUGGCGGGAGGGCUAGUGCCGGCCACGUGCGGCCCCCCCAGGCCCUACAGGGGAAGCCAGAACCUCCGUGGGCCCGUGUGCUCGACCCUGGGCUGGACAUGGGGCUCCUGCCGGUCUCGGCUCCGGGAGGGGCCCUGGGGUCGGGGUGGGAGGCGGGUGGCAGGGCUUAUGGGGCCACUGAGGCCCUGUGGCGGGAUCCGGACAUUCUGUGGGAGCUGCCCUGCCUGGGGCCUCUCGUGGGGGGAUAGGUACGGAGUUUGCUGUGCCCCCGUCGGUGUUAGGGCUGAAUGGAGGGGGCACGAGGUAGAGAACCUGCCACAUGCCUGAGGCCACCAAUGGCACCUUUCUUCAGGGGCUGGACCACGCUCGUGGCUGCAUGGAGGCUGGUGCCCCCAAUUCCUCCGCACCUGGGAGGAGGGGAGACAGCAUCCCAGGGCUCGGCACGCACGCCCAGGGCUCUGAGGGCCGCCGGAGGCCCUGCUGGUCCCCUGGAAGGCGGACUGACCCCUCCAGCCAGACCCGAUCUGGGCAGGGUCUCUUGGCCGCCACGUCCAUCCCCGCCGUUUCUCCUGGUUUGGGCGACCCCAGCCACUCCCGAACCUUCCUCCAGGCCCCGGGGCCGCGGGCUCACUGUGCCAUUUGGGGUCCUGGACAAAAGCAAGAGGACAGAAAACCUCAGCCAGCAGUUGUGGCCCACACUCUGCCUGUGGCCUCCUUCGGUGUGUGUGUGCUGAGCGGACCCUCCCCACAGACAGGAGAGAGAACUGUGGCCGCAGGUGGCUGCCCCGGGCUAAUCCGCUCGUGGCCCAAACAACCGCCAGCAAGCCCAGGGCCACACGAGGUGCUUUUCCUAAGGGAGACGAGCCAGAGGGACUGCACGGGUCCUGGCGAGGGGCUCCAAGCCCUCGAGGACAAGGCCAACAGCAGAGCCAAGGCCCGAGUCCAGGCUGAGGAGAACAAACCCCUCCCAGUCAGGCUCUGCAGUCAGACGGUCGGCGCAAGCCUGCUCCGUGCCGACCGGCUGGGAACGGGCGAGGUACCCACCCCCCAUGCCGCAGUCUCCCCGUCUGCGAAUCAAGACGUUCCGUGAGAACGGCACAGUGUGCGGCAAGCUCCUGUCCGGCCAGACUGCUGAGUGGGGCUCCUGAUCGACGGCAUCGACCCAGUGCCAACACCGGGGAGUGGCCAACGGCGGGUGUGGACGACGAGCCGCCUCCUAGAACGGGGGCGGGGGGCCCAAGCUGUGAAGGGAGACCAGCACUCUGGGAAACUGUGGCCCCUCUCGGGAGAUCAAACAGACGUGGAGUCCGCGGGCUCCGUUCCGAGGCGUCCGCCAGCAGAGACGGACCCGGUAAAGGGCCCCUGGACGCUGGCCCACGCAGUCCUGAAGCGACCUUGUCCCGGCAGCCCCCCGGGGCCACAGCCCAGCCUCCAUCAACGGGAGAACCUGUGAACCCGCUGUGGUGCGUCAGCACAGCGCCUCGCUCGGAGCCAGGAAGCAAGGAGGUGCGUCUGGCGACACACGGCGUGACCCGGCUCCCAUGGAGUUUGGGACCGGGCAGCGCUGACCUGGGGUCAAGAGAACUUUCCGGGCGGCGGUGCGUCUCUGCCCUGUGC